AUGGGUUGUACGUUGUCAAAAGAGGAGCGUGAUGCUCUUGAGCAGAGCAGAAAUAUCGAUAAGAAGUUGAAAGAGGACGGCAUGCAAGCCGCCAAAGAUGUGAAACUGUUGCUUUUGGGUGCUGGAGAGUCCGGAAAAAGUACCAUCGUCAAGCAGAUGAAAAUUAUCCACGAAGGUGGUUUCACUCAAGAAGAUAACAAACAAUACAAACCAGUCGUUUACAGCAACACAAUUCAGUCUAUGGUGGCCAUCCUACGAGCAAUGAACACAUUGGGAAUACAGUUUGGAGACGCGGAACAGGGGGCUGAGGACGCGCGAAUCGUGUGUGAUGUGAUCCAGGCUAUGGAAGACACAAAACCCUUCUCUGAGGAUUUACUAGAAGCAAUGAAACGGUUGUGGGCGGAUGCCGGAGUACAAGAGUGCUUUGCGCGUUCCAAUGAGUAUCAGCUGAACGAUUCAGCCAAAUACUUCUUGGACGAUUUGGACCGAUUGGGCGCAAAGGAUUACAUGCCCACUGAACAGGACAUUCUCCGAACUCGAGUCAAGACGACCGGUAUUGUCGAAGUCCACUUCCAGUUCAAAAAUAUGAAUUUCAAGCUAUUCGAUGUUGGUGGGCAACGCUCAGAACGCAAAAAGUGGAUCCAUUGUUUCGAGGAUGUGACAGCCAUUAUCUUUUGUGUUGCCAUGAGCGAAUAUGACCAAGUGCUACACGAGGACGAAACAACGAAUCGAAUGCAAGAAUCACUCAAACUGUUCGACUCCAUUUGUAACAACAAGUGGUUCACAGACACCAGCAUCAUUUUGUUCCUGAACAAAAAAGAUCUAUUUGAAGAGAAAAUCAAGCGAUCACCGUUGACCAUAUGUUUCCCCGAGUAUCCUGGUAAACAAACUUACGAGGAAGCAGCUAUCUACAUCCAAGCUUCUUUUGAGGCGAAAAACCGGUCUCCAAACAAAGAGAUCUAUUGUCACCAAACCUGUGCUACGGACACGAAUAAUAUUCAGUUUGUCUUUGACGCAGUUACUGACGUUAUCAUUGCGAACAACCUCAGGAACUGUGGACUUUACUAG